AUGGCUCCAUCAUGUUGGUGCUGGUUUCCAAUCUACUUCGUCGCCUCCGUCACACUCGGCGUCAUCGCAAUCACCUCAGCAAUCCACUCAAACUCCAAAGCCACCCCUCAAGAACUCCCACCACAAUCUCACACUCUCUCCACAAACGCCACACGAGCUCUCAAAAACUCCGGUUACACUUUCAUGGCUGACCUUCUCCACCGUUCACCACCCUUCUUUCUCCCCCCACAAAACUCCACUUUCUUUGCCAUCAAAGACUCCGCUAUCACCAACACUUCACUCCCUCUUUGGUUCCUCAAAAGCCUCCUUCUUUAUCACACUUUCACAACCAAACUCACCAUGCAAGAGCUUCUUAACAUGUCACAAGGAACUUGCAUGACAACCCUUUUCCGUCAAAAGAAUGCUUCUAUAACAAAAAUCGAAACUUUGCAGAAAAUUGUAGAGAUUAACCGUGUCUCGAUAUCAAACCCUAAUAUGUUUCUUGGCGAACAAUUCAUCAUUCAUGGUGUUGUUGGACCUUUUUCUUCUAUUCAACGUGAAGCUUUUCAAGGCAGUUCUGAUUUCAUUCAUUCACCUACUUGUCCUUCAUCAUCAUCAUCAUCAUCACCAUCAUCAUCGCCAUCAUCACCGAAUAGAAAUUCAACAUAUACUAGUGGAGAUUUCAAGAAAAUCGUCGAAUGGAAUCGAAUUAUUCACUUUCUUGGUUCGAAAGGUUAUUCAUCAUUUUCAAUAGCAUUGCAUUCGGUUCUUGAAGGGCUUCUGAUAGAGUCACUGAGUUUUGGUUUUGCUUCGGUUACAAUCUUUGCUCCACCUGAUGUGAAUUUGCUUAGCUACCCUUCAGCUUUGCUAUAUAGAGCAGUGAAGAUUCAUAUUCUGCCUCAGAGAUUAACUUACAAAGAACUCUGUCAUUUUCCUGUUAGAACUUUGUUGAAGACAAUGAUGCCUGAUGAUCAUCUUGAGAUUGAUGGAGUUCUUGGUUUUAUGAAUGUUGUUGUUAUUAAUGGGAUUGAGAUUGUGAAACCUGAUAUGUUUGUGUCUGAGAGGUUUGUGGUUCAUGGGAUUUCUAGAGCUUUUAAGAUGGCUGAGAGUAAUGCUUAA